UCACUUGGUUUUAUAGGUAUAGAUGAUAAAUGCAUUCUCUCUGAUGAUCAGAUAAAAGUUAUAUUUGAGGCAUCUCGUAAAAAAUUUAUAGAAAUUCGAAGUCAAUCUUUAUUGUUCUUUGGCUUUAGGUCUUGUGCAAAAGAAAUACCAGAUCUUAAAUCAGCUAUAAAGAAUCUUUUUGAAUAUGUUGAGCAUAAAAUUUCUAACUCGUCUAAUAGUAUGAUUGAUGAAAAAGAUUUACCUUUAGAAAUACCAGCUCGAGAUUAA